UGUAGUAGCCGGUUAUGGCGGCCGAGAGUAUUUGUCCAUGAGGUGGGGGACGCCUGCUGCCCUAACAGUCUGUGACAGAGCGAUUCGAGCGACUCGCUGCCAUGGCCGGAGUGUUUGAUAUUGAUUUGGACCAACCGGAGGAAAACGUCUCCGAUGAUGAAAAUGAGGAGGCUCAGAUCAAUGAUAUCAUGGAGCAGUGCAGUGGAUUUGAAUUUAACAUGGAUGACUGCGAGAAGAUUGAGAUCUCUGAGGACAACGUCAAUCAGGGGACAGAGAACAUCCGGCCGGAGUGCUUUGAGCUGCUGCGGGUCCUGGGGAAGGGCGGUUAUGGAAAGGUUUUCCAAGUUCGAAAAGUUGUUGGAGGCGCAUCAGGCAAAAUAUUUGCCAUGAAAGUUUUAAAAAAGGCUAUGAUUGUACGCAAUGCUAAGGACACAGCUCACACAAAGGCAGAGAGGAACAUCCUGGAGGAAGUGAAGCAUCCCUUCAUUGUGGAUCUUAUCUACGCCUUCCAGACGGGAGGAAAACUGUAUCUCAUCUUGGAGUACCUAAGUGGAGGAGAACUUUUUAUGCAGCUGGAGAGGGAGGGCAUCUUCAUGGAAGACACGGCCUGUUUUUACCUGGCAGAGAUCUCCAUGGCUCUGGGUCACUUGCACCAGAAGGGCAUCAUCUACCGAGACCUAAAACCUGAAAACAUCAUGCUCAACAGUCAAGGUCAUGUAAAACUGACCGACUUCGGUCUGUGCAAAGAAUCCAUUCAUGAUGGGACGGUCACACACACUUUCUGUGGAACCAUCGAAUAUAUGGCUCCAGAGAUCUUGAUGAGAAGUGGGCACAACAGAGCAGUGGACUGGUGGAGUCUGGGAGCUCUGAUGUACGACAUGCUCACAGGAGCGCCACCAUUCACUGGUGAGAACCGAAAAAAGACCAUCGACAAGAUCUUGAAAUGCAAGCUCAACCUCCCGCCUUACCUCACACAAGAAGCCAGAGAUCUCCUGAAACGGUUGCUGAAGAGAAAUGCCUCAUCACGGCUGGGAGCAGGAGCAGGAGACGCCACAGAAGUGCAGGCUCACCCUUUCUUUCGGCACAUCAACUGGGAGGAUUUGUUGGCUCGGAAAGUGGAGCCUCCCUUCAAGCCCAUUUUGCAAUCAGCAGAUGAUGUGAGUCAGUUUGAUUCAAAGUUCACCAGUCAGACACCAGUCGACAGCCCUGAUGAUUCGACCCUCAGUGAGAGCGCUAAUCAAGCCUUCCUGGGUUUCACAUAUGUUGCUCCAUCAGUCCUGGAAAAUAUUAAAGAAAGAUUUUCAUACGAGCCUAAAAUCCGCUCACCUCGACGGAUCACAGGCAGCCCAAGAACAGCUCUCAGCCCAGGCUGGUCCCGUAGCCCUCUCCUCCCCGGCGUAGGACCAAGCGUCCUCCAGUCUCCUCAGGACCAGGCGAUGGAAUUGUCCAUCCCAGAGCAGAUGGACAUCACAAGCAGCUCUGAGGCCUCAGCACCUCUACCCAUCCGUCAGCCUACCGGGAUAAACCUGGCUCAGAUGAAGCAGCAAACCUACCCUGUCGUAGCCAAACGGCCCGAGCAUCUACGUAUGAACCUAUGACCCAUGACUCCUUUUUUUUUUUUUUCUUUGGUUCUUUGAUAUUUUUUAAAAAAAACAAAGAAAAAUGGUAUGGAUGCUAGAGACAAUGAAAAUCCAAAAUUGCACAUCUGCACAUGUAAACUGUCACUACAUGGAGUUUGUGCGUGCAUCUGGCACUCCCGCGUGCUACAGUUACCUGCUACACUUCUCCUCGGACACUUCAGGUCUCUUCUGACCUGGAAAACAAAGGCAAUCAUCACACAGUAUGCUUCUGACUGAAAGUAGUGAGUCUGGUGUGCUGCCAGAUGUCCAAAAAUGGUUUGUGCUGAACGGCAGUAAGGAAAUUUUGUAAAAGAUUCUUCUUUGAUUAUACAAAGCUCUCUGGCUCCGAAAGAAAUUAAAUGGAUUAUUUAGAAUUAGUUUUAAAAAGUGAAAGAACGUAUUGUGUCGGACAGACGAGCAGAGGCUCUGUUAUUGCCGAGUAUACCUUUCUUUUACAAAGUCUUACACAGCGGAUGUAUUAACUCUGGUAUACAUCAGCUAUGAAUCAGAGCCUGAAUUAAAUUUGAAAAAAUAGUCUACUUUUUCCAUUCUUUCAGUGUCAUGGAGGACUUGUGAAACACUUUUAGACGUUGGAUCCAUACACUUUCACCAGGUGUUCUACACAAUGGGAUGCAUCACUGGAUCAUAACUCAGCUUGAUGUAACAUAAGUUUCACUCACUAGUCAAUCACUACCCACAAAAAACUGAUCUCAGUGCUGCUUACUCUCAUCUGGCUUCCCAGGAGGAACUGGGCCUCAGCAAUUAUGACUUGACUGUUGUCCGACCUCUAGUGUGGAGUCAUGUCUUGAGACUAGCACCAGUUGAUCUGAUCUGUCUACAGGUCUUGGGUUUAAAUCUCCAAAGAAUUAGCAUCAGCAUUAACUUGUUCAGGAGGGAAAUUUUAGAACUCCAGAAAUGCAAAGAAAAUUACUAAUAAGACAUUUAAAGUGGAUUUUGUCUUUUGUGCGUGAUCUUUUUCCGAAGCGUAAGAGAAAACAUCCAGAGACCUCAGUAG